UACUCUCUCUGUGAUCAGGGAAUACAAAAAAAAAACACAUGUACGAUCAACUAUGUUUUUAAGCAUGUACCAAUAAUCUGAAUAUAUUUAUGUAGUAAUUUACAUGUUGCAUUUACUUAUUAUUAUUGUUUAUAAGAUGCCGCAUACCAAAACACUUCAGUGGUGACCCAUGGAUAUUUGGAUACUCAACAUAUCUUCCAAACGCAAGUAAGUGGAGUUAAUCUUUCUGUCUGAUUUUCUGUCAUACGGGCUUGAAAUUUUUCAAUAUCAUUAUUUAAUUAGAUAGUUUUAAUAUUCCAUUCGUUUUUAUUUAACGUAAUGUCUACGGAAAAUAGUCCUUUGCCGGUAGAAAUACCGGAAGUGCAUGCGGUAGGAAUUAAGUUACCCGCCUUUUGGGAAAAAGCUCCAGAAUUAUGGUUCGUAAACGUUGAAGCACAAUUUUCCGUUUCACGAAUAGUUUGUGACCGCACAAAAUAUUUUCACAUCAUUUCAACCUUAAAUUCGGAAACACUAUCAUAUGUUAGUGAUAUUGUAUUAAAUCCACCAGCAGAGGAUAAGUAUAGCGCCCUCAAAACUCGCCUAAUUUCGGAAUUUUCUGAUUCGGAGCAGAAAAGGAUCAAAGCUUUACUUUCAGAGCUCGUAUUGGGAGAUGACAAACCAUCACACUUACUGCGUAAAAUGCGCAAUCUCGCAGACAAAAAAUUAUCGGACGAAUUUUUAAAAACACUAUGGAUUCAGCGUCUCCCUGAAUCAGCUCAAGCAAUCAUUAGCAUUUCUGAGGGUAACCUAGAUAAGCUGAGUUUAAUGGCUGACAAGAUUUUAGAUAUUUCCCCCAAUACAUCUAAAGAGGUACACGCAGUCAAAAAUGACGUAUCCGAAAUUGCAGAAUUGAAAGGACAAAUAGCCGCACUUACUGAACAAGUUAGCCGACUUACGGCAGCUAACGAACGUCAACCGCGCUAUCGCUCGCGCCAUUUUUCGCAAGGUAGGUAUCGUUCGCAAACUCCGCGCCGUGAGCAAACUGAGCUAUGUUGGUAUCAUCAAAAAUUUGGAAAUAAAGCAAAGAAAUGUAAUCAACCAUGUAAAUUUUCGGAAAACUAAUGAAGAAAUCACAUGUGGCGCAAUGUGAUUUCCGGAAUCAGGGAUCUAGUCGUCUUUUUAUACAUGAUCCGAAAACUCGACGUCAUUAUUUAAUAGACAGCGGAAGCGAUGUUUGCGUACUGCCGUAUUCGUCAAACCUAACAUUUAAUUCCUCACCCUCUAUGGUUUUAUAUUCAGCUAAUAAUUCGCCUAUCAAAACAUAUGGCACCAAAGUAAUUUCUCUUGAUUUAAAUUUACGCCGCGAUUUCAAAUGGACGUUUAUAAUAGCUAAUGUUAGCAAACCUAUAAUCGGCGCAGAUUUUCUAAAACAUUUUGGUUUAUUGAUAGAUUUAAAAAAUUCUUGCUUAAGAGAUUCUAUAACUAACUUAAAAAAUCAAGGAUCUAUUAUUCGUUAUUCUGGAAAAAGCGUGACAUUGAUUUCUAAAGACAUGGCAUUUCAUGAAAUUUUAAAUAAGUACAAAGAAAUUUUACAACCACAUCCAGGUUCAAAUAAACCAAAACAUAACACUGUUCAUAAAAUUAUAACGAGAGGCCAACCUGUUUUCGCACGACCACGACGUCUUAAUCCUAAACAAUUAGUAAUCGCAAAGAAGGAAUUUCAAAUAAUGAUGGAGCAGGGUAUUUGUCGCCCCAGUAAAUCUAAUUGGUCGAAUCCUUUGCACAUGGUGCCAAAACCAAAUGGAGAUUUUCGACCAACGGGUGACUAUAGGGCAUUAAAUCGCCUAACUCAAAAAGACAGAUAUCCAUUACCGCAUAUACAAGACUUCUCUCAGAAUUUACAUAGUAAACAAAUUUUUUCUAAAAUUGACUUAACUCGUGCGUAUAACCAAAUUCCGGUUCACCCGGAUGACGUCCCAAAAACCGCAAUUACAACACCCUUUGGACUCUUCGAAUUUUUAUA